GACGGAAGUUACUCUGAUCUAGCGCCGGCUUGGACACGAGUGACCGGCACCAAGCACAUGACGUUCUCUCCGACCGUGAUGUCUCCCCGAGGAAGUGGCAAAGCGCCAAGCACGCUGCUUCCGCCAGUCUUGACGCGCUUGAUCCGGUUUACGGAAGGAGAUCGCGUCAAGACAUGCUUUGGCACGGGCAUCUUCCGCACGAAGAUCAAGGGCGCCAAUGGCCGACCAGUUUACAUUGUGGACAUGGACAUCGGCGGCGUGCUGUAUUCCCAGACCUGUUGGAUGAUGCCACGUCUACCAUCCUUGAAUGGCAAUGAGAUUCCUCCAGGACUGGCGGUGCAGACGCCAUCCGAUCGACCUGCUGUCGUCGUCGGCUACCGAGUCCUGGACAAGACGUACGAGGUCGAAUACGAGGACGGCACGCGUGAGUUCCUGGAGAGUAAAUCUGUCCUCCUCGCUGUUCGCACUCGGUGCCGCACCAAGUUUGGACUAGGGGUGGUCACCAACUACAGGCGGGAAGAUGGGUUUUACGUCGUGCUGCUUGACUCGAACGCGACCGCCUUCCUCAACGCAUCGGACGUGAGCGCCGUGGAUUUGCGCCUGCUGGGCAAGAUCCCCAAGCCGCUGUCGACGGAUCAAAUCCUCGCCGAAUUCAACGGUCGCAUCACGUACCAACAAGCCCAGGCGCUGUCGGCGGCCGGCGAGAACGCCUACCUCACUGUCCGUGCGUACUGUGAAAAGAACGCUGCGUCGCUCAGCUCGAUCGCGUCGACGUUCAACUACAGCGCAGACUAUACGUCGGCGCUUGGUUCGUUUGUAAACCCCGAGUUCAACGACGCCGCGGCAAAGGUGCGCCAGGCCGGCGAACGCGAGCUUCAGAAGCUCAUGGAACUGUCCGAGUUGGUCAAGAAGAGGGUCGAGACCAAGUUUACGACCAACGCAGAGCUCGUCGAGCUGACGGUGCACUCGAAGAAGAUUUUAAAUUGCGUCGGGAGUAGCAUCGAAAUGCGGCAAGUUGCCGAGCAAUUGAGUAAGCAGUUGCAAGCAGGCGCUAAAAGCGAAGAUGGAGCGGCGCUCAUUGCCCACUUUAAAACGAUGCUACAAGCGCGUGUGGAGCAGCAGCAGCGACGCAUGCGAAUGUUGAAGCCGGACCAGUUUCUGAACGACCUGGAACAAACCUUGUCUCCUCGUGGGCUCAAGAACAAGGGCAAGAAGCUCAUCAACGACUUUGCCGCCAAGGACAUGGCGCUGGCGUGCAUCGACCCGUUGGAAAUGAUGGAGCGGGUCGAAAACUUGCUGCCGCAAGUGACCCAACAAGCUGCAGUCUUUAUCAACGAGAGCGAGGUGAUGUUGGCCAAGUUCCAAGCGAGCAAGCAAGGCCGGACGAUCUUGGCCAAAGCAAAAGCACUGGCCCAAGUCACGGACGAAAACCCCACGAUGUUGCGUGAAAAGGUCGCAGAAGCCGUCUCGAAGGUCAAAGUGAACGACUUGGCCAAAUGGGGUCGGACGCUGGCCGUGGACGCUGCCGCGCGACAAGAAUUUGUCGAUCAGGUGAAAGACCGUUGUUUGGAUUUCCUCAUGUCCGUGCUGCCGUCGAUCGAAGUCGACCCGAUCAUCGGCACGAAAGACGACGUCGAGUACUCUCUGUCCCAGCUGGACCUGUCGAAAUUCAAAGUGCGCAAGGAGAAGGUGUCGGUGAAGCUGGGUGUAGCCACCGACGACGACGUGCUGACAAUGAAGGCGACGCAUCUCAGUGCCAUAAUCCCUCGGUUGAAUUGGACGUUUGUCCAAAAAAGGUUUCCGUAUCUGAACGGUGGUGGGACCGCCGACGCCGAGGUCACGGGCGGCUGUGUAUCGCUCGGGUUUCGAGCGGAGAAGGUGGCGUUGGCAGACGGCACGUGGCAGCCCACGCUUGCGAUCUCGUCGAUCGAAAUCGAAAUCAAGGAGGACCUGACAUUGAAGAUCAACGGAAGCUGGUUCUCGUCCGUGUACAACAUCCUAGCAUCGCUUUUCAAGGACUUGAUCAAGGACUACAUUGCGUCGACUCUUGAAGGCAGCUUGAUUGACCACGUCGUGUCGCUGGUGACGGUGCUCAACACGUUCAUGAUGGACUACUGGCCGAUGCUUCUCCAACUCCUCAACGUGACGGUGGAUCAGUUGCCCAUCGCGAGUGCGUGGCGCGGGGCCAAGCCACUGCUACCGCCCAUGCCCAACGAGGAAGACCUGACUUUUACCAGCACCGACUUGCCCAUCGUAUUGGCCAAGCGAACCAGAGAUCGCAUGGCGCUUGUGUCUGGCGUGACUUUGCCCAACAUCAAGACGAGUCCCCUCACGGACGCCCAGCGCCACGAAUUGUACAGGAUUCCGCUGCAAUCGACAAUCGUUGGCAUCAACGGCCUUUCGUGUGCAAAGUUGACGUCCAAGGAAGUUCAAAAGCUGCUCAAGUCUCUCCCGGUGCCCCUCACGUUGCGGUUUGCGACGGCGGUCCCGGACGACGAGUUUCAAAUCAAGCCACGGCGGACGCUGCGAACGUUUGACGUGUCGUUCGGCGAAGGGCCGUUGGGUCUCAAGCUGCGGGCGCGACCGCUGGCAAAGCACGGAGUGAUUGUGGCAGGGUUCAUCCCGGAUCGAACCGCCAUGUGCAAUGAACCGCUCCCAGCAGUUGGCCAAGGCGAAGCCAGUGGUCAAAUUCGGCCUGGCCACCUCCUCCUUCGCGCCAACGGUAUUGAUGUGCGAACGAUGGAGUUUUCCGCGGUGCUGAAUACGCUCAAGAGCUUGCCCCGCCCAGCCGUCCUGACCUUUUCAACCAGUCCCGACGGCAUCGUGUCGCUCAAGUCAUGGCCUCCGCUUGUUGAUUUGGACCAUCGCGACGCCCCCGACGGCAGCAGCUAUGUGGUUGUGAAAGGGUUUUCGAGGCUUCCGUCGUUUGCCAAGAACUCGAAGCUCAUCGCCGAAGACGACCAAGUCGUCGCUGUGAACGGGUCCUCCGUGACGAGUUUACCAUACGACAAAGUGAUGGAUUUGCUGCGGCAGGCGAUGGCAUCGCCACCGUAUCGCGUCGGGUUCAGUCGGGGGGUCAACGGCGGCGCAGAGAUUGCCACCGUGACAUUCCCACAAGGACCGAUGGGGAUCCUCUUUCGAAGCGACAAGGACCACGGCGUGUACGUCAAGAAGUUCGUGGCCGGCCUUGGUCCUGCCGAACGAAGCGGCCUCGUCUACCGGGGAUGUGCCAUCCUCCAAGUGUGCGGUAAGAACGUGGACGGGCUCGAUGUCGACGCCGUGCAAGCCAUGAUCGACCAAGCCCAACCGCCAUACCACCUCACCGUCCGCGACUUGGACAUGGAAAACACCCUCCUCGCCAUGCUUUAACAAAUCCCAUUCAUCCUCCCAUGUCGACCGCCUGCGGUGCUGCGGUGCUGUUGGGCGGCGCGCUCUCCUCUGCCGCCACGCCAUAUUCGCACCCAUGUGUCGAACGGAUGCACGACCCAAUUUUUCACCGAGGGUGGCAAAGGAACAAAAGCAAGCGCAAUUUUAAUUUCUUUCGACUAUUCUAAACAAUAUUAAACAUACAUAUUGCG